GACAAUGGCCAUUUCCUUUCAUUGUUUUUGGGGCCUAUUCCUCUUACUUUCACUUUGUUAUAUUCCCUCAGAGUCUACAUAUCAAGUUCACAUUGUCUACUUAGGGCUCAGCCCAGUCCAAGAUCCUCUUCUCACUACCAAAUCACAUGUCCAGCUCCUCUCUAAUGUCUUUGCUAGUGAAGAAGUUGCAAGAGAUUCUCUGCUGUACAGCUACAAGCAUAGCUUUUCAGGCUUUUCUGCAAAGCUCAACUCAACACAGGCAGCUACCUUGGCCAAGAUGGAGGGGGUGAUAUCAGUGUUCAGGAGCAAGACAUUGAGAUUGCACACAACUAGAAGCUGGGAUUUUCUGGGUCUUACCUUGGAUCACAGUAAAGAAACUCCAUUGCAGCUAACACAUGGUGAUGAUGUUGUGGUUGGGAUCUUUGAUUCAGGUAUAUGGCCUGAAUCGGAGAGUUUCAAAGAAGAACCCGGAAUGAGACCGAUUCCAUCAUUUUGGAGAGGUAAGUGUGUGAAAGGAGAGAAGUUUGAGCCAUCAAAGGCGUGCAAUCGGAAGCUUAUCGGUGCACGCUACUACUUCCGGGGCUUCGAGCAUGAUUACGGUCCCCUCAACGCCACCGGCGCUAACGCCGAGUACCGGUCGGCCAGAGAUAUACUAGGGCACGGUACACACACUGCUUCAACAGCCGUGGGUUCUGUAGUGAAGGAUGCUAGUUUCUUUGGGUUGGGCCUUGGUAAGGCUAGGGGUGGAGCCCCAAGGGCACGUUUGGCUGUUUACAAGACAUGUUGGAAGAAUGGGCUGGAAGGGAGCUGUAGCGAAGCUGAUGUACUUGCGGCCUUCGACGAUGCGUUGUGUGAUGGGGUUAAUGUUAUCUCGGCGUCGUUUGGUUUAGGGGUGCCGCUGGAGCCAUUUUUUGUGUCUACUGCGGCGAUUGGAUCGUUCCAUGCAGCCCAAUUGGGCGUCACUGUGGUGUUCUCCGCCGGAAAUGAUGGGCCGACUCCGUCUCUUCUCUCAAAUGUUAGCCCAUGGGGGAUUUGUGUGGCUGCCUCCUCCAUUGAUCGUUCCUUUCCCACUCUCUUGAGCAUAGACAACAAUGCCAUUUCCAUUGUGGGGCAAAGCUUCAACGUGAAACAAAUGAAGCUGAAAUUAGUGUACGCAACCAAAUAUUUUGUUAAUGGGGAUUGCACAAGAGAUAGCUGGAGAGGAAAACAAGCCUCAGCUGGGAGGUUGCUACUAUGCUUAUCGACCAUGGUUGAUUCUAGUCUUGAAGCACAGCUAGCGGCUCGCAAAGCUAAUGUAUCAGCCUUACUCAUCGCACAGCCUAUGACUUUGGGCACCCAAAUACCUGAAGUUGAUAUCCUUCCCACCAUCCUUAUUGACAUCAAUCAAGGGACUCAAAUCUUCCAUUACUUUGUUAAUUCCCCCAAUCUUCCAAUAGUGCACGUUAUGCCUAGUGGUGUUACUAUUGGCCAGACACCAGCACCUACUGUAGCGUAUUUCUCCUCCAGAGGCCCAAGCUCACUUUCUACUGAUAUUCUCAAGCCAGAUGUAACUGCACCUGGAACCAGUAUAUUGGCAGCAUGGCCUCCAGUGGCCCCACCGUCUGGGUUUCCCUUCGAUCACCGCUCUGUGAAUUGGAACUUUCAAUCUGGAACAUCUAUGUCAUGCCCUCAUGUAACAGGGGUGGCAGCACUUAUCAAAUCAGUGCAUCCAAAAUGGUCUCCUGCAGCAAUUAAGUCUGCUCUUAUGACUACAGCUGACACCAAAGACACAAACGAAGAUGAUAUCCUAGCAGGAGGAUCAAUGGAAGUUGCAGGUCCAUUUGACAUUGGUGCAGGUCACAUAAACCCCAUAAGAGCAAUCGAUCCAGGACUCGUCUAUGACAUGAACACAGUGGACUACAUUCUCUUCCUUUGUAACAUAGGCUACUCCAAAGAUCAAAUAGAGAGCCUGGUUCUUACACCAGAAAGUAUUGAAACUGAUUGUUCUGAAUACACAUACUUCGACUCUAAUGCUCACCUCAACUAUCCUUCAAUCACAGUUUCUGAUCUUCGCUCUACAAUUACAAUCAAGAGGACUGUACGUAAUGAAGGUGGGAAAAGAGCUGUUUACUUCGUUAGAGUUGAGAAUCCUGAAGGAGUUGAUGUUUGGGUUUGGCCAAGGAUCUUAGUUUUUAGUUGCAACAGGGAAGAGAUCUCAUAUUAUAUAACAUUAACGCCACUUAAGCAAUCGCAAGGGAGAUAUGAUUUUGGAGAGAUAGUGUGGUCUGAUGGAUUUCAUCAGGUGAGGAGUCCAUUAGUGGUGUGUGUAAACACUAUUGAUGAGGACUUUGAUUCCAUCACACAGUACCCAUCUUAAAAUUUCUUGUUUUUGAUUAUUCAAAACACUUUACUACAAGUUGUUUAUGUUGUUAUGAUAUGUUCAUCUUUCAAAGAUGAUGUAUGUUUGUUUAUAUAAAUAAAGGAUUUCAUAUCUUUGGCUCUUCUCA